AUGGGCAAUUGUUAAAGAAGGUAGAUUAGGUAGGUAACAGUUUAGUAGGAGGAUGUAUAGAAGAAGUUGUGUCAAAAGCACAAAAUAGAAGUAACCUUCAUUUGCUAAGAACAAACAUGCUAGCAGAUGGGAGAAGGAAUUUGCAGAAAAUGUGUGACAUAAUAUCACAAGGAUCACAAUAUUGAAGAAAUCUAGUCAUUUAACGAAAAAGUGAGUCACAACUGCAAUUAAUUGAAGGAACUCCAAGGUAGUAUCAGAUACAUCAAAAACUAUAGAAACUACUACACUUCCUAGAAGGAUUUAAUGAGACCUUUUCUUGAAAAUAUGAAUCAUAUAAAUGUCUAAAUGCUUAGUUAGCAGAAACCGAAAAUAGAAGAAUCUCUUAGACUCAAGCUUGAAAAAACAGCACUAAAAAUAUUUAAAGAGUAGGAUAAAUAAAUAACUAGGAAAGAAGACGACAUAAUAUAGGCAGUAAACAACAUGUCAAUGAUUUAAGUAGAUUCUAAUUUUUAGUAAUAGAUAGCUUCUUUCUAGUUUAGUUCUACUUAUACAGAAAUGAUCAACUAUCAUCUCUAUCAAAGUUAAAAGCAAAUGAAUUAAUUGGCACAAUAACUCAAUCCCUACAAAUUUGAUUAUAGCUCUUUUAAGAAUGUUCUUAAAAAACCAUUAAUUAUCUAAAAAGAUUUGAAAUAUAUGAAGUUGAAAACUUGUUGCAGAAUUGACUCCAGAUUUGCAGCUAUUCACUUCAGAAAUCACCUCAAUGAGUCUGAUUUUUACAUUAUAGAUUUGAUUGAUGAGAAUGUGAUUUACUCAUACAAACAUUAGCCUUCAAUGCAAAAUAACUUAGAUUAUCUUUACAAAAUUUCUUACCUUGGAAAUUAUUACAUCUGCUUCAACUUUAUUACUUAUGUUCUAAUUAAAGAUUUCAGCACUUUAAUUUAAAGUAAUCUAGCUAAGAAAAAUAAUAUCAGCAAGGAAUACAGUUCAUCCAAAUUUUGCCUAAACACUCUUUCAGCAAACUCCUCAGAAAUGAAAGAAAUUGAAAAAAGACUCAAAGUUAUCAAAAUCAUACCAAAAAAUUUCGUUUUUAGUGUGGACAAGAUCAAGAGUGGUUAGCUCUGCUUGAUGGAAUAACAAUCAGAAUUUCUUUUAGAAAUCAGAGACUACACAAUUUGGAAUUUCAGAAAGAAGCAAUGUAUCAGAACUUUGAACAUUACAGGUCAUUAUGUUUAUGACAUAUUCAGCAACUACAUAGUGUUGGAAUGCAGCUUUCAAACUUUUACUUUGUUUAAUUGGUAGACUAAUGAAGUCUACAAAACAUACUCAAAUCUCUAUGAAUAUCUGAAUAAAUUCAAUGGUAAAUCAGAAUUAGAUCAGUACUAUGACAUUCAAGCAGUAAAAAUAUUUGCAAUUUAAAAGCUGCUAACAACUAAGGAUGACUCCUUCAUGAAUUCAUAUCCAAGUUUCGAAGAUUGGCUACAAUCUCUGCCAUUUUAGUAUAAACAAAUGAUCAUAUUUGAAGAUACAUGGCUCUUUAAAUAUGACAGAACUGCUAUAAUAAUGCUCCAAGAGUCGCUCCUGAUUUACGACAUGAAUCUAAACAAGAUAGUCUCUCAACUAGAACUAAAAAUGCCUUCCGAAUAAAUUUCCUUCAUAUGGUAGGCUGGAAAUAAGUUAGUUUAUAUAACUAAAGAGGGACUAUUCCUUUUCUACGAGUGA